GAUAUACCCGGCCAAACCAUUUCCAAGUCCUCCCCGGAUGGAUCUCCUAGCUAUACGGGUGCAGACCGUCUAGUGGUCGUUAUGAUAGGUUUGCCAGCAAGAGGGAAGUCAUAUCUUAGUGGUAAGAUGGUCAGAUACUUGAAUUGGUUACAGAUCAAUGCAAAAAUUUUUAAUGUCGGUGCAACAAGAAGGUCAAAAUCAAAGAAAGUAGGCCAAGAUUUUGGACCGUGUAAUGAACCUCUACCUGAUGACCAGCCAAAGGACGGAAAUGAAAGUGCAAAUAAUGACAACUCGACGAUAGCGCAAGAUGCGUCAUUCUUCUCGCCGACCAAUCAGAAGUCCAUUGCAUUACGUGAAGAAUGGGCACGAGAGACCUUGGACUCGUUACUGGAUUACCUAUUGUUGGGCGAUGGAUGUGUGGGUGUUUUCGAUGCAACGAAUACUACAGUAGCUAGACGGAAAAUGGUUUUCGAUAGAAUAAUGCAAAGAAGUAACGGGAAAUUGAAAGUUCUUUUCCUUGAAAGUGUCUGCAACGAACAGAGCUUGAUUGAGAAAAACGUCCUAUUAAAGUUGAAAGGACCAGACUACAAAAACAUGGACCCUGUCUUAGCAAAACAGGAUUUCCUCAACAGGUUGACUAAUUACGAGAAAGUCUAUGAAACUAUAUCUGAAGAAGAGGAGAGAACUCCAAACUUUCAGUUCAUUCAGAUGGUUGAUGUCGGGAGGAAAAUUAUAUCCUGCAACAUUGAUGGAUACAUCGCCUCGCAGAUUGUUUACUAUUUCUUAAAUUUCAACCUAAAUGCACGACUCAUUUUCGUAAGUCGACAUGGAGAAUCUUUGGAUAACAUGAAGGGAAGAAUUGGCGGUGAUUCAGGGCUAACAGAACGUGGGAAGAAGUAUUCCAUUGCGUUGGAGAAGUUUGUCAGAGAAAAACAAGAAGAGUUUAAUUUAAAACUUCUGAAAGAAUGUGCUCAAAAUUACAGCGCUGAGAACGACAAAGUCACUGUAAUUAGCUCCGUCUUGAAAAGAGCUGUACAAACGGCAGAAGCUUUUAAUGAUCCCGUCCGGUAUGAUGUAAAACAAUUAAGAUUAUUAAACGAGUUGGGUUCGGGGAAUUUUGAGGGCAUGACAUAUGCAGAGAUUGCACAAUCACAUCCGGAAGAAUUCGAAGAAAGAAUCAAGCAUAAACUUACAUACAGAUACCCAGGUGUUGGCGGCGAGUCCUAUCUGGAUGUCAUCAGUAGGUUGAAGCCCGUUAUCAACGAAAUUGAAAGGAGUAAAUCCCAUUUAAUGGUCAUUUCGCAUCGAGUUGUGUGCAGGAUCUUAAUGGCGUACUUUCUCAAUCUACAGAAGGACUCUGUUGCAGAAUUAGAUAUUCCAUUACAUUCGGUAUACAUGUUUCAGCCAAAACCAUUUGGAGUUUUGUGGCAUUUGUGGCAGUACGAUGAAGCGACGAAUUCGUUCCAGGAACUGGAUCUGAACAAAUGUACGGACAACUUGAAAACUGUCAAGCAAGUUGGUAUCUCUUUCCGUGAACGUAAAUAUAGUGUUGUUCCAACAGCACCA